ACAAAUGAACAUUGAACACGUCAAACAAAAAUAGUUUUGUGUUUUACGAAGAUAUGAAAUGAUGUUUUGAAAAUGUAUUUAUUGACGGUCUCACGAUUUUGGAGUGCGUAGAAAUUUCCUAGAUUAAUUCGUAUGAAAAAAAUUUAGUGCAUCGGCGAAUCGGCGUUGUACCAAAAUGAAGGCUUUACUAGCAACUGUGAUCAGUCUUGGACUUACGACUGUGGUUAUCGGCAAUGCCUAUUACCAGAAAAAACAGUUUUACCCUUCGAUAGUUUAUCUAACAAAUUCCAACCCUAGCAUGGCUGUAAUGUAUUUGCAAGCCUUUAUACUAGUCCUACUAGUUGGUAAACUAUUGAGGAAGAUAUUCUUUGGACAACUUCGUCCAGCAGAAUUUGAGCAUUUGAUUGAGAGGUCUUGGUAUGCCAUUACAGAGACAUGCCUGGCAUUCACAGUGUUCAGAGAUGAUUUUAAUCCAAAGUUUAUUGCGCUGUUCACUCUCCUGUUAUUCCUCAAAGCAUUCCAUUGGCUGGCUGAAGAUAGAGUAGACUAUAUGGAGAGGAGUCCAGUGAUAGGACUGUUGUUCCACGUGCGGAUACUGACCCUGCUGAUGCUGCUUGCUCACGCUGACUUCUACUUCAUCCACCAUGCAUACCAGUUCACAGCAGUAAAGGGACCUUCCGUUCAACUCGUAUUUGGCUUUGAGUACAGCAUUUUAAUUAUAAUGAUUGUCAAUAUAUUGAUUAAGGUGAGUUAA